AUGGCAGUUUCCAGACAUGAAGUGACAAUCGGGGUCGUGAUACCAGCUGCCGGUCGAGGCACACGGGCAGGUCAAGGCUGUCAAAAGGCAUAUCGUCGACUGGAAGGCGAUACUGUGUUGAAUCGAGUCGUCAAAUCGUUCCGAGCGUGGAACGCAACUUGUCCCAUUGUUGUCGUUCACCACGAGGAGGAUACCGAGCUACUCGAGGCAUGCAUAGACCGUGAUGCCAAUGUCUACACCACCACAGGAGGAAGCGAGCGACAAGCUUCUGUUUUGGAAGGCCUGCGACUCCUCUCCACCCUGAAAGAGAGUCCAUCACAUGUUUUCAUCCAUGAUGCGGCGCGCCCAUUUACCUCUCAUCGCAUACUCAAUGACGUACUGGAAUUGCUCUGCAGAGAUUCGUCCGUGGGCGUGAUUCCUGCACUUGCUGUAUCGGAUACUCUUAAAAAGACUGACUCGAAUGGAGUCAUCACAGCCACCGUUCCCCGCUCUGGACUGUUCCGUGCUCAAACCCCACAGGCAUUCUUGUUGGAGACAAUCCUGCUGGCCCAUGAGGCGGCAUCUGCUGCAGGGUUCUCUCAUACAGAUGACGCUUCUCUCUUUGAGGAAGCAGGAUUACCUGUUCAGACUGUACCAGGAGAUGAGAACAACAUCAAAUUGACAUAUGCCUCCGACUUCGAGCAAGGCGCCCGGAUACUGCGAGAAUAUACAUCUACAACCGCCGUCCCUGAUGUUCGAGUUGGCCAUGGAUACGACACGCACAGCCUCGUUCCAGGACAUUCAAUCACUCUCUGCGGAGUGGAGAUCCCACAUACCGCCACGCUGCUGGGUCAUUCCGAUGCAGACGUGGGCUUACACGCUUUGACGAAUGCCCUUCUGGGUACCAUAUGUGCAGACGAUAUUGGGAGCCAUUUCCCGCCCGGAGAUCCGCAGUGGAAGGGGGCCUCGUCAGGUCAAUUUAUUCAACAUGCAGUUCAGCUUGUCACCCACGCUGGUGGUGUAAUCACACAUUGCGACGUAAGCCUUGUGUGCGAGAAACCACGAAUAAGCCACCACCGUGGUGUCAUGCGGGAUUCCAUUGCGUCUUUGGUUGGGUUAGACAGAAGUCGUGUUUCACUGAAGGCUGGGACAAAUGAGCGGAAUGGCUUUGUGGGUCGUGAAGAGGGAAUCAUUGCUUUUGCUACUGCUACGGCUGUCUUUCCCAAUGGGCAUUAA